ACGGAGCGCGGGAGUUGAUCUCUAACCUCGGUUCUACUUUAAAUCAUUUUGUUUUCUACUUCCCGUGUUUCUGUUCCACCACUGACAACAGUUUCUCUACUUAUCAAAACUGCUGAAAAACCUGGAUUCCAUGGACAGACUGGACUGGAGUGGGUUUUCUGUUGUGAUUUAGCGCCGCCAGUCUCCAGCAGGUGUUCAACAUGGCGAUCACGGGGAGCGGAUCUCUGGCUUUUUCUCUCUCUCUUGUCGUGAUUUCAGCCGCGUUUCUUCUCAAAGGAGCUGCUGAAGUCGUAACAGUGGAAGGUCAGAACCUGGCAACGGACAACGUGUCUGUGAUCGAGGGCGAGACGGCCACCAUCAGCUGCAGAGUGAAGAACAACGACGACUCGGUCAUCCAGCUCCUCAACCCCAACAGGCAGACCAUCUACUUCAAGGAUGUCAGACCUCUGAAGGACAGCCGGUUCCAGCUGGUGAAUUUCUCUGACAACGAGCUGCGGGUGUCCCUGUCCAACGUGUCACUCUCCGACGAGGGACGCUACGUUUGCCAGCUCUACACGGAUCCUCCCCAGGAAGCCUACGCAGACAUCACUGUCUUAGUUCCUCCAGGCAAUCCGAUCAUCGACAGUCGCGAGGACGUGGUCAGUGAAGGCAACGAGACGGAGCUCACCUGCACGGCCAUCGGCAGCAAACCAGCCGCCUCCAUCAGGUGGAUGAAAGGAGACCAAGAACUGACAGGUGAGACGACGGUGGAGGAGACGUACGACAGGACGUUCAUCGUCACCAGCCGAGUCCGGUUUUCCGUCAGCAAAGAGGACGACGGUGCACCGGUGGACUGCGUCAUCGACCAUCCAGCUGUUAAGGACCUGCUGGCUCAGAGACACCUGGAAGUGAUGUAUAAACCAGAGGUGAAGAUCGUGGUGACGUAUCCUGAAGGUUUAACCAGAGAAGGGGACAAUUUAGAUUUGACGUGCAUCGCUGAAGGAAAACCACAUCCUCAUCAGAUAAACUGGCUCAGGGUGGACGAGGACGUGCCGCCUCACGCCGUGGUCACCGGCUCUGAUCUCUACAUCGAGAACCUCAACAAGUCCUACAACGGCACGUAUCGCUGCGUCGCGUUCAACACGGUGGGCGAGGCCUACGACGACUACAUCCUCUAUGUGUACGAUGCUCCCACUACUAUCCCCACACCCACCACCAACCCAGUCAACACGCAAGACUCUAGAGCCGGAGAGGGGGCGCCGCAGAAAAUUGACCACGCUGUCAUCGGGGGAGUGGUUGCCGUGGUGAUGUUUGCCAUCCUCUGUGCACUCAUCGUUCUUGGUCGAUACUUUGCCAGACACAAAGGAACUUACUUCACGCAUGAAGCCAAAGGGGCGGACGACGCCGCUGAUGCAGACACGGCCAUCAUCAACGCGGAGGGCGGACACAACAACACAGACGAGAAGAAGGAGUACUAUAUCUGAAGUGGACAGGCCAGGAGAGACGGGUGGGAACACUGCUGGCGAUGUUGGUGUUGGUAGUGUUGGUGGUGGUGGUGGUGGUGGCGCUAUAGGAGCAUUAUGUCUAACUCUGUUUGGUUACGAGACGGCACGAGGGCAGGGAGGGAGCGUAAGGUUUAAAGGAGGAAGAGAAGAGAAGAAAGAAAAAUGUGGAAAGUAGGACUGCCGUGUCCAAGUGGUAAUAAGAGGCAUUGCUGAGUCUCCUAUCCGACCCUUCCUGGACUGCUGGGGCUGAUUCUGUACAGUUCAAUUAUUUUACAGACAAUUUUGUGCCUUGUUCUAUAUCCUUUUUGUUUGUUUCUGUUGUUUAUUUUCCCCUGUCACAUGCUUUUUGGAUUGGAUUCUUCUUUUUUCUUUUUUUUUUCCCUUUUACUUGCAUCUGAUCUUUCUGAGGAGAUGAAAAGGCCUGGUGCUCGUCUACGAGUGUGUUUGUGCUGCAGCAGGCGUUAAACUCAUGUACCCACACCUGAGGAGACAGCUAAUUAACACUUAACUAGAAGACAGUAAGUUAUUAUGGUAGUGCAACUAAAACCCAGACUUAAAAAUAUACGUAAACACAAGAGAGUCACGUUUUCCUCAUUGUCGCAGUGCUGUUGUAUCUCACCAAACUUUAAAGUACAACUGGGUCCCGGUUGUAUUUUAAGACAAUUCCUAACAGUUGGGUACGAUUUAGCAUUUCCUAACUGGGACUGACUGGGUCGGGACCCACAGAUUUAUUUCAGGUCCCCAAAAACAAAUUUGCAGACUUUCCCCCAACCUUUAGUUAAGAUUUAUGUGUACGUGUUUAAAAUGAUGGUUGUAAUUUAUGACAUUUAUAUUGUGAAUUGGGUCACAAUAGUUUGUUUGUGAGGGGAACAUUGUGCUCGAGUAUUGUGAGAGUUGUUAAGUGCCAUGACAUGGAUUUGUUUUUAAAUUCUCUAGAGAAAGUCAGAAAUGUCAGUUACUCUCUGCAGGCAGGUCUUGGUAUAACAUCCGUAGUUUACACUUAACCUUUCUCCAGAGUUCCUUGAACCCAACAUUAUUUCAAAACUGAACAACUAAUGUGCAACUCUCAUUAAAGCAGAACUAUGCAGGAUUUUUCUUUUUUUACCCUAAUUUAACAGCUCCAGAGUCAUUGUCAUGGACUGUCUCCACUGCCCCCUACUGUCUGUUUGUGGGAAACCAGCCUUUGCAAGAUCAGGAGUCCUCAGAGUCAGCAGGUUUCUCAAAGUCUUGGGUCUAGGGAGAAACACUUACUGCUUCACGGCACUACACACACACACACACACACACCCUCGCCAGUUUACCGUAUAUAAGAUCACGGCA